GCAAAUAUACUCUCUUCCUGGACAAACCAAAAAUUUUACUUCAAAACAAUACUCGGGCUACAUUGUAACAAAUGAUUCCCGUGGAAGAUCGUUCUUCUACUAUUUUGUGGAGGCGCAGUCAAAACGUUCAUCCGCACUUCUCCCUCUUACACUUUGGUUUGGUGGAGCACAUGGGUGUUCCUCCGUUGGCAGAGCUUUGUUCACCGAAAACGGUCCAUUUAGGCCAGGAAAAGAUGGGAAACUUAAAAGAAAUGCAUAUUCUUGGAACUUGGGUAACAUUUUGAUUUUUAGCCUCUUUUUCAAUGACCGUAUGCGUGCGCGCACACAUUUGUUUGGAAAUUAGAUGUAUUGAAUCGCAUAAUGAUCUGGAAAAAAGCAGAAUCAAACAUGCUAUAUGUAGACUCCCCGAUUGGAACUGGUUUUUCGUUCUCUAAGACAAGUUCCGAUUACAACGGAUGGAAUCCUACCACGACAGGUGGUUUCAGAAAUAUCCCAAAUACAAAAACUCAGAUUUUUACUUGGGAGGUGACGGUUUAAUAGGCCAGAAGUUCAAAAAGCUUUACAUAUCAACAACAUUCGAAUGCCAUACCAUUGGGAUGAAUGCAGAGGACCUUAAAAAGUGCAGGCCUAUCAAGACUCCCUUGCCUAUGAAGGACCCAUAUAGUACUAAAAACAUUCAUGCUCUCUCAGCACUUCUAGCGAGACAUAUCCGAAUCUUGCUUUACAGUGGAGAUCAAGAUACAACUUAUCCCGUCGAAGAGACUCGGAAAUUAGCUCAUAUGCUUGCUAAAGACUUGAAGCUCAUCCAUUUGCGGAAGAAUGGACCAUGGUUGGAGGAUGGAGUGAGUCAUAUGGACAUUUGAGGGAAGGGAAAAACAUCACAUACUUGACAUUUGCUUCGGUGAAGGGUGGAUCUCAUUUUGCUCCAUCUAGCUCUCCGUCCCAAGCAUUCACGCUUUUCAAAUCUUUUCUAAAGGGAUCUCCUCCAUAAGUGGCUCCCUAAUUGCUCGCUUCAUAUUACAGAUUCACAUGCGUGUACAAACUACAUACUCUUUCCGUCCCAUAAAACUCUUCCUAUUUG